UAAUGAUUCUUCAGAAAGACUUUGAACGUAUCCUCGAGGAAAGAAGAUAUGUUCUGGGUUUCCUGUGUUAGAAGUUUCAGGUUUUGUUUCUGUAUGAAGUUGUUCAGUGGAUGGAGAUGAAACCUCUUGUUCUGAAGAAGUUCUUUCUGAAUUAAAGUUCGUUCCAAAAGGAAAACCCCAGUGUUCUUCUAUGACAUCUUCCUCUGCUUCAGGAUGUUGUGGAAAAACUGAGGGAAGCUGCACAUGUGCUCCAGACGCAGAGGAUAAACAGGUUUGAGUUGUAACAGGGUUUGUGAUGGAGUAACCCAUCUUCAACAAGUACUGCUUCUUCUGUCCAACCUGAGGAGAGGAGAAUACUGGAAUAAAUACCUACAAUUACAAUUCCAUCACUGAAUUCCUCUCUCUGAUCUGUAGUGAAAGUAAAGAGGAAGUGCUGAGAUAUAAAGGUUGUAGCGUUGCAGUCUGACCCAGUGCUGGAGGAAGCAGUCCCUGUAGAAGAUCCUGAGCAGUGAUCUGGGCUGCAGCUGAACAUGUCUGCACUCCAGCUGCAGGGUUCUGAUGGAAACAGCAGGAUGAUCAUCUGACAGGAGAAACAGAAGAACAAAAUUCACUGAGGGAAUUUAUCUGACUUCUAUCCAGAUGUUUGAUCCACUGGAGAACCUGAUGCUCCAUAAAUCCAAACCUCAUCCAAACCAAAAAAACAUCAAGUGACCAGUACUGCUCCUUUACCACACCCACAAUCCAGUGCAGAAGCUCCGCCCACACAUUGAGAUGUUCUAAAUGUGCUCUUACCGAACAUCAGGUACAGGUCCGAGUUCUGAUCUGGAGAAAAUCUGAUGGUCAGACUUUCAGUGUCGCAGUGAAUCAGAGUCUGAUCAGUGAGAGAGUCCUCAGCAGCUCCUUUCACCUUAGAACCUACACAGGAACGUCAGAUCAGAGGAACGUCAGAGGAUCAUCAGAGAAACAUCAGAGGAACAUUAAAGAAUGUAUCUGUUUCAGGAUGUUUAGAUGACGUUCCAGCAGAAAGGUGUUGUGAGAUGAAUUCAUCAGCAGGUUAAAGGUGAAGCAGUUUAACAGAAGAAAGAAACAGAGUAACGUAGAGUAAAGUUCUGCUCACCAUCACGGUUCUGGUUCUGGACGUGUUCAUAGGUUCCUUUCACCCUAGAACCUACAGAGGAACAUCAGAGGAUCAUUAGAGAAACAUCAGGGGAACAUUAAACAACAUUUAAGGAACAUUAGAGGAACAUCAAAGGAACAUUAAAGAACAUUAAAGGAACAUUAGAGGAACAUCAGACAAACAGCAGAGGAACAUCAGAGGAAUGUCAAAGCGACAUCAGAGCAACAUCAAAGCAACAUCAGAGGAACAUCAGAGGAACAUCAGAGGAACAUCAGAGAAACGUCAGAGGAAUGUCAGAGGAACGUCAGAGCGACAUCAGAGCGACAUCAGAGCAACAUCAAAGCAACAUCAGAGACACAUCAGAGGAACAUCAGAGGAAUAUAAGAGGAAUAUCUGAGACACGUCAGAGGAACGGCAGAGGAACAUCAGAGGAACAUCAGAGGAAUAUCUGAGACACGUCAGAGGAACGGCAGAGGAACAUCAGAGGAAUAUGAAUUCAUCAGCAGGUUAAAGGUGAAGUAGUUUAAUAGAAGAAAGAAACAAAUUAACGUAGAGUAAAGUUCUGCUCACCAUCACGGUUCUGGUUCUGGACGUGUUUCACCCUAGAACCUACAGAGGAACAUCAGAGGUUCAUCAUAGGAACAUUUAAGAAUAUUUGAAGAACAUUAGAGGAACAUUAGAUCAUAGGAUCAUCAGAGACACAUCAGAGAAACAUCAGAGGAAUGUCAGAGGAACAUCAGAGGAACAUUAAAGAAUAUUAGAAGAACAUUAGAGAAACAUCAGAGGAACAUUAAAGAAUAUUAGAAGAACAUUAGAGGAACAUCAGAGGAACAUUAAAGAAUGUAUCUGUUUCAGGAUGUUUAGAUGACGUUCCAGCAGAAAGGUGUUGUGAGAUGAAUUCAUCAGCAGGUUAAAGGUGAAGCAGUUUAACAGAAGAAAGGAACAGAGUAACGUAGAGUAAACUUCUGCUCACCAUCACAGUUCUGGUUCUGGACGUGUUGAUAGGUUCCUUUCACCCUAGAACCUACAGAGGAACAUCAGAGGAUCAUUAGAGAAACAUCAGGGGAACAUUAAAGAACAUUUAAUGAACAUUAGAGGAACAUCAGACAAACAUCAGAGGAACAUCAGAGGAACAUCAGAGGAACGUCAAAGCGACAUCAGAGCAACAUCAAAGCAACAUCAGAGAAACGUCAGAGGAAUGUCAGAGGAACAUCAGAGGAACAUCAAAGGAACAUCAGAUCAUAGGAUCCUCAGAGGAACAUAAGAGAAACGUCAGAGGAACGUCAGAGGAACAUCAGAGCAACAACAGAGGAACAUCAGAGGAAUGUCAGAGAAAUGUCAGAAAACAACAGAGGAACAUCAGAGGAAUUUUAGAGUAACAUCAAAGACACAUCAGAGAAACAUAAGAGGAACGUCAGAGGAACAUCAGAGGAACAUCAGAGGAAUAUCAGAGGAUCAUCAGAGGAACAUCAGAGGAACACCAAAGCAACAUCAGAGGAAUAUAUAAGCAACAACAGAGGAACAUCAGAGAAACAUCAGAGGAACAUCAGAGGAACAUCAGAGGAAUAUCAGAGGAACACCAAAGCAAUAUCAGAGCAACAACAGAGGAACGUCAGAGGAACAUCAAAGGAACAUCAGAGCAUCAUCAGAUGAACAACAGAACAUUAGAAGAGCAUCUGAGGAAUAUCAGAGAAACUUCAGAGCAACAUCAAAGGAACGUCAGAGGAACAUCAUAGAAACAUCAGAGACACAGCAGAGGAACGUCAGAGGAACAUCAGAGGAACAUCAGAUCAUUGGAUCAUCAGAGGAAUAUCAAAGCAACAACAGAGGAAGAUCAAAGCAACAACAGAUGAACAUCAGACAAACAGCAGAGUAACAUCAGAGGAACAUCAGAGGAUCAUCAGAGACACAUCAGAGGAACGUCAGAGGACCAUCAGAGCAACACCAGAUGAACAUCAGACAAACGUCAGAGGAUCAUCAGAGACACAUCAGAGGAACGGCAGAGGAUCAUCAGAGACACAUCAGAGGAACGGCAGAGGAACAUCAUAGAAACAUCAGAGAAACAGCAGAGGAACGUCAGAGGAACGUCAGAGGAACAUCAGAGGAACAUCAGAGGAAUGUCAGAAAACAACAGAGGAACAAAAGAGGAAUUUUAGAGAAAAAUCAAAGAGCAAUAUCAGAUGAACAUCAGAUCAGAGGAAUGUCAGAGGAACAUCAGAGGAAUGUUAGAAAAACAUCAAAGACACAUCAGAGGAACGUCAGAGGAACAUCAGAGGAACAUCAGAGGAAAAUCAGAGGAUUGUCAGAGGAUCAUCAGAGACAAAUCAGAGGAACAUCAGAGUUACAUCAUAGAAACAUCAGAGGAUUGUCAGAGGAACAUCAGAGGAAUGUUAGAGAAACACCAAAGACACAUCAGAGGAACGUCAGAGGAACAUCAGAGACACAUCAAAGCAAUAUCAGAGCAACAACAGAGGAAAGUCAGAGGAACAUCACAGAAAAAUCAGAGCAACAGCAGAGGAACAUCAGAGAAACAGAAGAAUGUUAGUGGAACAUCAGAGGAACAUCAGAGAAACUUCAGAGCAACAUCAAAGGAACGUCAGAGGAACAUCAGAGCAACAACAGAGGAACAUCAGAGGAAUGUCAGAGAAAUGUCGGAAAACAACAGCGGAACAUCAGAGGAAUUUUAGAGAAAAAUCAAAGACACAUCAGAGGAACGUCAGAGGAACAUCAGAGAAACAUAAGAGAAAUGUCAGAAGAGGAUCUUCAGAGGAAUAUCAGAGGAACACCAAAGCAAUAUCAGAGCAACAACAGAGGAACGUCAGAGGAACAUCAGAGGAACAUCAGAGGAAUAUCAGAGGAACAUCAGAGGAACAUCAAAGCAACAUCAGAGGAACAUCAAAGCAACAACAGAGGAAGAUCAAAGGAACAUCAGAGCAUCAUCAGAUGAACAACAGUGGAACAUUAGAAGAGCAUCAGAGGAACAUCAGAGAAACUUCAGAUCAUUGGAUCAUCAGAGGAAUAUCAGAGAAACUUCAGAGCAACAUCAAAGGAACGUCAGAGGAACAUCAUAGAAACAUCAGAGACACAGCAGAGGAACGUCAGAGGAACAUCAGAGGAACAUCAGAUCAUUGGAUCAUCAGAGGAAUAUCAGAGAAACUCCAGAGCAACAUCAAAGGAACGUCAGAGGAACAUCAGAGAAACAUCAGAGCAACAACAGUGGAAAAUCAGAGGAACAUCAGACAAACAGCAGAGGAUUGUCAGAAGAACGUCAGAGGAAUGUUAGAGAACAUCAAAGACACAUCAGAGGAACGUCAAAAGAACAUCAGAGACACAUCAGAGGAACAUCAGAGACACAUCAGAGGAACGUCAAAGGAACAUCAGAGACACAUCAGAGGAACGUCAAAGGAACAUCAGAGACACAUCAGAGGAACGUCAAAGGAACAUCAGAGAAAAAUCAGAGGCUUGUCAGAGGAACGUCAGAGGAACAACAGAGGAACAUCAGAGGAAUGUUAGAGAACAUCAAAGACACAUCAGAGGAACGUCAAAGGAACAUCAGAGACACAUUAGUGGAACGUCAGAGAAACAUCAGAGGAACAUCAAAGCAAUAUCAGAGCAACAACAGAGGAACGUCAGAGAAACAUCAGAGGAAUAUCAGAUCAGAUGAACAUCAGAUCAGAGGAACAUCAGAGGAAUGUUAGAGAAACAUCAAAGACACAUCAGAGGAACAUCAGAGACACAUUAGUGGAACGUCAGAGAAACAUCAGAGGAAUAUUAGAGGAUCAUCAGUUGAAUGUUAGAGAAUCAUCAGAGAAACAUCAGAGACACAUCAGAGGAAUGUCAGAGGAACAUCAAAGCAACAACAGAGGAAGAUCAAAGCAACAACAGAUGAACAUCAGACAAACAGCAGAGUAACAUCAGAGGAACGUCAGAGGAUCAUCAGAGACACAUUAGAGGAACGUCAGAGAAACAUCAGAGCAACACCAGAUGAACAUCAGACAAACAGCAGAGGAUCAUCAGAGACACAUCAGAGCAACGGCAGAGGAACAUCAUAGAAACAUCAAAGCAAUAUCAGAGCAACAACAGAGGAACGUCAGAGAAACAUCAGAGGAUCAUCAGAGCAAUAUCAGAUCAGAGGAUCAUCAGAGGAACAUCAGAGGAAUGUUAGAAAAACAUCAAAGACACAUCAGAGGAACGUCAGAGGAACAUCAGAGACACAUCAAAGCAAUAUCAGAGCAACAACAGAGGAACGUCAGAGAAACAUCACAGAAAAAUCAGAGCAACAGCAGAGGAACAUCAGAGAAACAGAAGAAUGUUAGUGGAACAUCAGAGGAACAUCAGAGAAACUUCAGAGCAACAUCAAAGGAACGUCAGAGGAACA